UUCCUGGGCUGGUGGGCCGGGCGCGGGGAUUUGGGUUCUGAAACCUCUCGGACUGUGUCACAUUAAAAGCCCGCCCUGAUCUGAUACACAUUAUGGGUCUUCUUUCAGCCCUGACUCGAGGCCUUGUCCGAGGGGCAGACCGAAUGAGCAAAUGGACAAGCAAGCGAGGGCCCCGAACCUUCUACAAAGGUCGUGGAGCCAAGUUUACUGGCUUUUCCUCAGGUGGGAAGUUUGUGAAGGUGAAGGAAAUGGUCCCUGAGUUUGUAGUUCCAGAUUUGACAGGCUUCAAACUCAAACCAUAUGUGUCCUAUCGUGCUCCGGCUGGCACAGAUGAACCACUGACAGCCAAGCAGCUCUUUAUGGAAGCUGUAGCACCCUCUAUUGAAAAGGACUUUAAAGAAGGAACUUUUGACCUUAAAAACCUGGAAAAGUAUGGCUUUGAGCCUACCCAGGAAGGCAAGCUCUUCCAGCUAUAUCCUAAAAACUAUGUGCAGUAAUAAAGGACUGAAUCAGUAAUCA